AAACCACGUGAUGUAAACAAACAGACGACAGCGAACCGGUUGGCGGCGUGGACGAGUAUAUAAACACAUGCAUGGCGCUGCAACAGUGCCUUUCGGGAGGAAGGAAAAUGCUGAUGACAAACCUCCCUGGAAGCUCCACUCACAUUCGACACCUGUUUGGGUCAGGCAUACCAGUGCUGACACAAAAAUGGAACUAUAAAUCUGCAAAUUAUAAAUUAGCCAUUGAUGUAAAUAAAACUCCCAGCAGUAAUAGUACAAAAUGGCUGUGCACUAAGACGUUCAGUCCUGAUUAUUUACAAUUACUUGGAGUCAAAAGUGGUAAAGAAUCCAGUGAAAAUAAUGAUGACGAUGAAGCUGAUGGCAGUGAUGACGAUGAGAAUGAGAAGGGCAAUGAUGACAUAGAUGUGGAAGAAAUCCAAACACAGGUGGAAGACAUAUUUAUGAACAAAAACGAAAUGACAAGUGCAGAGUGGAAAGACACAAUAAAGCUGAUGGCAAUUCAAAACAGUCAAAUAAGCGACGUAAGCUGCGAUGCAAUAACAAUGAAGAAGUGCUUGAGGUACGGGAACUACCACCUGGCUAACUCUUACCUGCACCACAUAGAACAAGAGGGUAGAGAGCUCAACCUGUCCACCCUUGGGAGUUACCUGCAGCUGUGUGGGGAGCAGGUGGAGCAGUGUGGGGAAGCGCGGGUCCUGGAGUACUACCACAAACUCAUGAGUCAAGUUAGGGUGCUUGAUGUCAGACUCCUGAAAAAUGCCAUUGUGGGCGUGACAGCAACCCAGGAGUGGCGGCGUGCGCUGGACCUCAUGCAGCGCCACAAGAAGAUCGCAGCAGUGUGCACAGUGGUCUACAGCAGCAUCACCGUGGCAGCCUUCAGGAGUGGGGACUAUGACCUCGGCUGGCAGAUCUUUGACACUAUGAGAGAGGAAGGACAGGACCCUCAGGACAGUGUGUUCAUGGAGUGGGUGAGGCAGUGUGAGGCGGAGAAGGACAGGGCACAGAAGGAGGCCAUGUUGCACACCCUCCUUCACAAACUGGGGACAUUCGAGACCUUCCCAAGUGUGGCUGUAGCGAAGGAGCUGACGCGCUUCUGUAGGGAAGGCCUAGGGUGGUCGGCUCACUACCUCAAGAUGACCAGAGGUGGAAGAUGUCCAGCCUGCAAGCAUCAGAUGGAGAUGAAGGGAGUGGAAAAAGAGGAGUUCAGGAAGCUGCAGGAAGAGUUUGUGUCGCGGGUGUUGUUGGGCUCCGACAUCUUCCGCUCCACCGACCCGGAGGAGUGGCAGUCUUUCCAGACGCUGGUGGAGAAGCAGGGGCCCUUCUCAAUGGUGGUGGAUGGCCUCAAUGUGGCCUACGUCCUCGGCAAAAAGAGUCCCGCAUCUCGCGAAAAGGCUCUUCGAGAUGUAGUGGGGCAGGUGUUGGAGCAGCAUCAACCUGGCAGCCGCGUCUUGGUGCUCGGCCGGCAGCACAUGAAGCAGUGGGUGCGGAAGAUGAAGUGGGACGUGAAGAAAGUCUGCGUCUUCACCAUCAGCAACAUGAGCAAGGAUGAUGCGUUCUUCUUGUAUGCGGCACUCCAGUCUGGGCUCAGCUCCAAGUUUAUUACGAGUGACAUGCUCCGUGACCACCUAUGGCGCCUGAAGGACCGCCACCUGCAGGACACGUUCAGGAGGUGGCAGAGGACGCACCAGGUGAUGGUCUGCUCCACGGGGGGCCGCGCACGCCUCCUGUACCCAGCCAAGUUCAGCACGGUGGCACAGCAACAACUGCUAGACCAACAUGAACAAGAACAAAACCAUCGGUCAUCCCAAUCCCAAGCCCGCUUCCCCAGUACCUGGCACGUUCCUUAUGAUGACGGACAACCGCGCCAAUCCUACGAGCUCCCGCUGAAUUGGCUCUGUCUCCACCCUACUCUGGCCCUCUCGCCCCCGCUCCCUCCAGCCGUCAGCCUCAACCCCAUCAUUUCCACCCCGGCCCCCAAACCCCCGCACACCGCUGCCUCCAUUUACGGCUCCGAUACGGCUGAGAGCUUCCUCCAUCGUCAUCACCAUCGUGAGCUUCCCCCGAUGAUGAAGAAGGGUCGAACUAGUGGUGCUGAUGGUGGUACCCUGGUUGAUGAUCCUGAUAUGGACUAUAACUUCGCUAGGAAAGGACGACCCCAGCAGCAGCAGCAGCGAAGGCAGAGUAGAUGGGGGGAUGAUAGAAAAGAGGGCAAUAGGGAAGAAGUUCGUGUUAAAUUCGGUAGAUUCAGAGUGAGUGAUUAUGUUUCUUCUCCUCCUCCUUUUUCUUCUCCAGCUAAGAACAGGAAGAAAAGCAUGCUGGGUAAGAAAGACCCGCCUAGACUCAGUGAAGUAAAGUUAAGGUCUAUAUUUGACGAAGAUGAAAGGUAGUAGUAAUGGUAGCUGUUAUAAAUAGCACUGUAGAUAAAAAGUAAAGUAAGGGGCAUACACAAUAGCUUCAUUUUGCGUCACCUCUGUCUUUGACCCCGGGACGCAGGGCUGGUGCAGAUUUCCGGGUUGCCACAGUUUGCCUCCAACAGGUGUCCACAGGUGUUCAUAUAUCGACCAGCCAGAAAGGGGGGAUAAACAGCUGGGUGGGGGUCAAUUUUGCAGCUGUGAGUGUUAAACCAGUCGCACCACCACACAUAUGUAUUACUAUUAUUAUUUUUUUAUUGUUAUUAUUUUGAUAUUGUUGUCUUAUCAUGUCCACUUAGUAUGUAUAUCAGUAGAACGUUCAAUGACACUUUUUUUAGCAUUUAUACUUGAUUGAUAAACUUGUGACUUUUGCAUUUA